AUGAAGCACGGCAGGAUCGGGUUACUGCUGGUGGUGCUCGCGUUGGCUCACCUGCAGCCAGUUCGAGCACAAGACGUCUCAAACGUGACGGUACCUGAAUCGGGAACCGCCAGCGAAAUUUCCUUCGAUCGGCUUGUUCUGUUGGAGGAGAAAAUGACGGUGUUCGACAUCAAACGCAUCGCGAGCGGCUGGAACACGCUGCGGCCUCAACUGAGCGGGCAAUGUGGCGAUCAGAUGACGCAGUACCUGCUCGGGUUGCAGGACGAGAAGCUGUGGGCGUUAAAGAUGGAUGAUUCCUCGGGCAAAUACACCAAAGGUUUCUUCUGGGGUAAUAACUACUGGACCGGUUCGAUGGAUCAGUGUUCGUACAUCUAUCAGAAUGACAGUGGAGAUGAUCCGGCCCCGAAGAAAAAGGGCCGAAACACGGACAUUACAUAUAUUAACGGAAACUUCCUUGGCUCAUCUGAAAUGGUGCAUCAAAACCCACCGUUCAUGCCCGGCUUUUACAUGGCGAAAAUUCUUAUCAACGGAUCCGAAUCAUUCAAUGCGAUUCGCACCGUUGUCGUGGGAUUAUGCCUGCCCAGUGGCUGCAGUAUUGCCGAUGUGGAGACACUCCUAAAGAUGGACAUCAGCCGCAGGCAUGUUGCUCAGGAGCUGGUCGGUGUGCGGUCUCCUACGCUGAACAACUUCUCUCUUUGGGAUGACAUCACCUUCCGGAUUCUAUUUGUCUUCUCACUGAUCGUCGUCAUUCUGCUGAUCAGCGGAACCGGCUACGAUCUCGUCCUGCGGCGCCGCUACAAGGCCAAGAUGCGCAUCAAGAGCUACUGCAAGGAGCUGACCUCGGACAUGUCGAAUGGGUUGGGUUGCACGACGUACGAUCUGACGCGACGCGAGCCAGAAGAGAACGGCAAAGGUAACUGCACCGUAAUCCGGGUACCGGCGAGCGUUAACAAUAACAACUCUGAUGAGAACCUUGCCGUGGAGCUGACCGCUACGGAGGAAACGAAGUUGAGUCUGUGGGCCGAACUGCUGCUUUCGUUCUCGGUGGUGACCAACUUUAAGGCGAUCUGUGAUAAGAACGUGGGCAAUGACACCAUCCCGUCGAUCCAUGGGCUGCGAGCUAUCUCGAUGGCGUGGGUAAUUCUAGGACACACGAUGAUUGUUGUUUUCAAGUACUCGGACAACAUGGAGCUGCGUAAGGUGGUGGAGAAGGAGUUCCUGUUCCAGAUAGUGCUGAACGGUGCAUACAGUGUCGAUACGUUCUUCUUUAUCAGUGGCUUCCUGGUGUCGUUCAUCUACUUCCGUACGAACGCCAAGGGCAAUCUCGAGAAGCUGACCAAGGGCGUGAACGAGGUAACGGCCGGCACGUUCCACUUUUUCGGCCUGGUUGGCUAUCGAUUCGUGAGGCUAACGGCUCCGUACUUGUACGUACUUGGAGUCGUCGAAGUGGUUAUGCGUUAUCUUGAGCAGAACUCUGUGUUUGAGCCCCCGACACAGGAUCACAUCAAUUGCCCGAAAUACUGGUGGCGUAACAUCCUGUACAUCAACACGCUAUUCCCUGUGGAGCAAAUGUGCAUGCUCUGGAGUUGGUACCUGGCGGACGACACGCAGUUCUACAUCAUCGGAGCGUUGAUCCUCAUCAUCGCUGUGCGACACUUUAAGUUUGCCGCCGUCAUGAUGUCGGUGUUCAUGGUUUCUGCUUGGGCCACUACCGCCUACAUCGCUUUCUCGAACAACCAUAUGCCUGAUGCAGAUGAUCCGUUUGCGCUGUUCGACAAGAUCUACGACAAACCUUGGACGCGACUUGGUCCCUAUCUCGUGGGCAUGAGCGUCGGCUGGAUUCUGUUCAAGACGAACUGCAAGAUUAAGAUGUCACUGCUGACCGUUAUCUCAGGCUGGGUGACAUCCACAAUGAUGAUGCUGUAUCUGCUGUUCGGACUCUACAACACAACGCUCACACAAACGGCUGCGGCCGCGUACAGCUCGCUCAGCCACACGGGUUGGGCUAUCGGAUGUGGUUGGGUCAUCGUGGCGUGUUCGUCUGGCUACGGUGGAUGGGUCAACAAGCUGUUAUCCACACCAAUCCUGUAUCCGUUCUCACGAGUCACGUACUGCGCCUACUUGGUGCACCCCAUCAUCAAUCGAAUAUACGCCCUAGAAUCGGAUUCUCCCAUCCACAUGACGCCUAAUGCGCUGACCACCGUCUACCUGGGACAGGUUGUGUCAUCGUACGUGCUCGCAUUUAUCAUCUCACUCUCGUUCGAGGCGCCCGUUGUGACGAUGCUGAAGAUACUUUCGCCGAACCGGAAGAAACGAAUCUGA